GGAUUGGGAACCUCAAAUUGGACCUAACGUAGACGCCUAGUUGAAUCUUUCACUAAUCCCCCUUUCUCGCCCUCUCCCCUCUCCGAUCGUUCCUUAAUUCCUAAAUCUCAACAUUCCUUUUUUCAUAUUUCUCCUUUCAAAUUUCUUCUUCUCCAGCCCUCAUCCAAUCCACAGAUCGCCGGCCACCACUUGUUUCGUUCUGAAUUGACUCUACAGCAGGAGGAAGCUUAUGGUGUGAUAUGAUGAAUCAAGGAGGAGUUUCAGACACCAGAACCACACUGGACCAGAAAGUUUCACUUGAGCAGCAUACUGUUGAUCCGAGCCAUGCACAAGCACCAUCUUAUUAUGCCCCACCUCCUGGCUCCGAACCAGCAUCCUGGGCCAGCUACAACCAUGCUCAGCAUACCGAACCCGGGCCACCCGGCUCGGUUCCACAGGCAUCUGCCGGUGCCGUUUCAAGUUCCGGAGCAACUAAUAUAGAGUAUGCCAACUAUGCAGCAUACCCUAACAAUGAUCCAUAUGGGUAUGGAAACACAAAUUAUUCAAAUUACUAUGGUAGCUAUCAGCAGCAGCCGAAUCAAGCAUAUCCUCAACAGCAACAACCGAGUCAAACUCAAGCAUAUGGUCAACCAACAGGAGCGUAUCAAAGCACAGGUGCUCCUCAUCAGCCUAUUUCAUCAUUUCAGAAUGCAGGGUCUUAUGCUGGUCCCGCCAGUUAUUCUUCAACCACUUAUUACAAUCCUGGUGAUUAUCAGACAUCCUCCGGUGGUUAUCCAAGUGCGAAUUACAAUAAUAGUCAGACGAACACGUGGAAUCAAGGAAGCUAUGCGAAUUAUGCUCAUCAAUAUCCAAGCUAUACUGCAGAAUCUAACGGUGCUUAUAAUGCUCAAAGUGCACCUGCACCUGCACCUGCACCUGCAACAUCUGUACAAUACCAACAAGAUUAUAAACAGUGGACAGAUUAUUAUAGUCAAACGGAAGUUACUUGUGCUCCUGGUACAGAAAAUGUAGCUUCUACCAGCGCUUCCAAUUUGGUGCCUGCUGGUUACUCUGCUCCAAACAGCCAGCAAGUGUCGACAGUACAGCCUAGUGCACCAGUUAACAAUGUCCAUGAGGGAUAUUGGAAACAAGAGGGUCAGGCUUUCCAAAAUUACAAUGUUAGUAGUAACAUGCAAUCGAACUUUCAGAAGCCUUUGGAUUUAUAUCCUGCUUCUGGAAGCUUCCAGAACCAACAAAAGCCCGAGGUCCCUCAACAACCAUAUGUACCAUAUGCAGCAGCUUCUCAUCAGGUGACACAAACUUAUCAUCCUUCUCUGCCUCUGCCACCACCACCUCCUCCUCCUCAAACUGCUGCACCCUUCAAUUCGGCCCAAGUAAACAACGUGCAGAUUCCAACGAACCCUAGAAUCUCUUCCAAUUUACCGGUGAGUUUGCCCAAAAACAAUAACACUACAAUUGGAGUGACGAAACCGGCUUAUAUCAGUGUCUCACUUCCAAAGACUAAUGAUAAUGCAUCAUCACAUGCUGCUGCUGCUGCUGAUUCUUCACUGAAGCCUGGUAUGCUUCCCAAAUCACUGCGUGGAUAUGUAGAAAGGGCUUUGGCGCGUUGCAGGGACGAUAAACAGAUGUCAGCUUGUCAAGAUAUCCUCAAGGAGGUUAUUACAAAGGCAAGUACUGAUGGUACUCUUGCUACACGAGACUGGGAUACUGAGCCUCUUUUCCCGCUUCCUAACACCGACUUGAUCAAUAAUGAUGCAACUACGCCAUCACCGAUGAAGAACAGAAGAAGUCCAAGUAGGCGUACUAAAAGUAGGUGGGAACCGUUGCCAGAGGAUAAACCGGUUGAAAAACAAAUGUCUUUUACUCCCAAUAAUGUAAAAUAUGGUGGGCUUGUUCAUAGUAACGAAAGGGAUAAACAGGUGUCCACUGCAAGGCCAGAAAACAAGGAGAAUAAAUUUAGUAACCUUAAGUUCUAUAUAGGAAAUCAGAAAGAAACGAAUAAAGCAGGUCUUAGGCCAGCUAAGCGGCAACAUGUCGGUGAUGGACGGAUUGGGUUGAAUAACGGUGACUCUGAUAGUGAUAGUGAUAAAGAACAACAAAGCCUGACUGCGUAUUAUGCGGGUGCGAUUGCACUUGCGGAUACACCCGAGGAAAGAAGAAGACGUGAAAGUCGUUCAAAGCGUUUUGAAAAAAAUCAUGGCAACAGAGCAGCAUCUAAUUUUGCAAAAACUAAAAACGUUGGUGGAAAUUUGUACACUCGAAGGGCAUCUGCAUCUUUGUUGGCAAAUAGUAACAGUUUGGAUGAGGGUCCCGCCAGCAGGGCCGUUGAAGAUAUUGAUUGGGAUUCUCUUACUGUUAAAGGAACUUGCCAAGAAAUUGAGAAACGUUACUUGCGUCUCACUUCUGCACCAGAUCCCGCUACUGUAAGACCAGAGGAAGUAUUAGAAAAGGCUUUGCGUUUUGUUCAAGAUUCUCCGAAAAACUAUCUUUAUAAAUGUGACCAGCUAAAAUCUAUUAGGCAAGAUCUUACAGUACAACGGAUACGCAAUGAGUUAACGGUUAAGGUCUAUGAAACUCAUGCACGACUAGCAAUAGAGGUUGGAGACUUGUCUGAGUAUAACCAGUGCCAGUCACAGUUGCAGACCCUUUAUGCUGAAGGAAUUAAAGGACAAGAUAUGGAAUUUUCUGCAUACAAUUUACUUUGUGUUAUCUUGCACUCUAAUAACAACAGAGAUCUCUUGUCAGCAAUGUCGAGAUUAUCAGUUGAAGCAAGGAAAGAUACGGGGGUAAAACAUGCUCUUGCAGUUCGUGCAGCCGUCACAUCAGGAAAUUACGUAUCGUUUUUUAAAUUAUACAAGAAUGCUCCUAACCUAAAUACCUGCCUUAUGGAUCUUUAUGUUGAGAAGAUGCGGUAUGCAGCUGUGAAAUGCAUGACACGUUCAUGUCGGCCGACACUCCCAGUGUCAUAUGUGGCUCAGGUUCUCGGGUUCCAAUCAGCCGACUCAUCUGACGAAAAAGGUACAGGCGGAUUGGAGGAAUGCACUGAAUGGUUAAAGGCUCAUGGUGCAUGUCUUGCUACCGACGGUUCUGGUGAGAUGAUGCUUGAUGCCAAGGCCUCAAUGGCUUCACUGUUCAUGCCGGAGCCUGAUGAUGCAGUGUCCCACGGGGAUGCUAGUCUUGCUGUUAAUGAUUUUUUGACGCGUUCGUUAUCAUAGCCGUAUAAUAAGCCAUAAGCACACACACGAGAAAGCUGUAACAAAACUAGGUGAGCUAAUAUAAUCCCCAAUCAUGGAAACGGGCCGAGAGUUUUUGUACACCGAGGCAUGGUUCGAUAAGGGGGUCGCAAGUGUAUGAUCAUCGCGAUAGAAGCGGUUGAUAUAGUAAAAGUUGUUUUGAUUAGAUUAUGGUCUUCAUUAUUUUGUGUAGAGGUGUACCUGUAUGGCAGAUUGUGGAUACAAAUUUUGUGUUAGGGUUUUGCAAAUUGAUUUCUUAUAUUGAUAUUUAAACAUGUGAUAUUCAUUUUUUCAUAUUUU